CGAAGCGUCUCAUGUGAGGUCCUCAAGCACUCAGUGUGCGCCUCCCUUUGUGCCUCUCCACUCAAGAUGGCUCCCGUUUUAGAGAAGAAGCUACUGGGCGAAGCCGGGACAGGCGACACAAUGGAAAAUAGCAACGAGGAUGAUGAAGGACAAAACCUCUGGUCUUCAAUCCUCAGCGAAGUUUCCACACGCUCCAGCUCUAAAUUGCCUUCUGGGAAAAAUAUACUGCUUUUUGGGGAGGAUGGUUCAGGAAAGACAACACUUAUGACAAAACUUCAAGGAGCCGAGCACAGUAAGAAAGGUAGAGGGCUGGAAUACUUGUACCUGAAUGUCCAGGAUGAAGACCGAGAUGAUUUGACUCGCUGUGGCGUGUGGAUCCUGGAUGGAGACCUGUACCACAAAGGCUUGCUGAAGUUUGCAGUGACUGCUGAGUCCCUGAAGGACAGUCUAGCGGUGUUCGUGGUGGACAUGUCACGGCCUUGGACCAUCAUGGAGUCGUUGCAGAAGUGGACGAGUGUGCUGCGUGAACAUGUGGACAAACUGAAGAUCCCACCUGAGGAAAUGAAAGAGAUGGAGCAGAGGAAGGAACUAUAUUGUGAAGUACCAUAUCAACCCACAUCAGGCAGAAGGGAAGGUGGGAACCCACGUCAGGCAUGGAUGUUGAAACGGCUUACCAUAUCAAGUAUGCUUUCUGUAGUAGAAUUGUUCCUUCUCUGGAUGUGUGAUGCUGUCAGUGUACUGGAGAAGGGGCACGACUACAAGGAGGAGCAUUUUGACUUCAUUCAGUCACACAUCCGGCGGUUCUGUCUACAGUAUGGAGCUGGCUUGAUUUACUCGUCGGUCAAAGAGGAAAAGAACAUGGGCCUUCUCUACAAAUACAUGGUGCACAAAAUAUAUGACUUCCAGUUUACUACGCCUGCCUUAGUAGUGGAGAAGGAUGCUGUGUUCAUUCCAUCCGGAUGGGACAAUGACAAGAAAAUUGCCAUCCUGCAUGAAAACUUCACAACGGUUCGACCUGAGGAUCCCUUUGAGGACUUUAUAACAAAACCUCCUGUACGAAAGUUGGUGCAUGACAAAGAAAUCAGUGCAGAGGAUGAGCAGGUCUUCCUCAUGAAGCAGCAGUCAUUGUUAGCCAAGCAGCCGACCACACCAACAAGAGGAACAGAGUCUCCUGCCCGGACUGCAUCUGGCUUACCCCGGCCGACAGGCCGGACAGGGCCCACCAAUGUGGCUAGUGUCUCACCCAUGACUGCAGUGAAGAAACCAGACCCUAACAUGAAAGGAGCAGCAGCGAAUGAAGGAGUGCUGGCCAACUUCUUCAACAGUCUGCUGAGUAAAAAGACGGGUGUGCCGGGCAGUCCUGGGACACCAGGGGCGGCAACAGGAGCAGGCGUACAAGGCUCUGCCAAUAAAUCAGGGCAGAAGCCGGGUUUGACUGACGUACAGGUGGAACUGGACCGAAUGACUCGUAAACCUGACUCAAUGGUAACGGCCAACAACACCCCUGCGACAGAGAACGAGGCAUGAGAGCGCCAGCAGCAUUGUCCACUCUGGAAAUCAACAUGUAAUGACAUAAAGGACAAAAAAAAAAAAAAAGCUAUUCAUGACCAAAAUUCCCCCCACCUUGUGUGUCACUCAGCAAACAGACCGUGGUUUACCGAAAGUGUUGGGAUUCUAUCAGAUAUAUAGGCUCUGGUGUUGUGGGGGAAAGAGAGGUAGAUAUUUGAAAAGAUGCAACUGCUUUUCUUUGUUUUCAUUUCCAGACCCCAUUUCUAUGUUCGUUUGUUUGUUUAUUUGUGGUGAUUAAUUUUUGGUGUGGCAUAUGGCAGGUCAGGUAAUGGGUGCUCUCUCCUUAAGGAGGCAGUCAAACCUCUGAAGUGUGGGGCCUUGCUUAGCUUGGGGAACCUUAAACA